AUGGCAACCAUUCACGGCUCCUACGAAGACCGCUUCAAGGCGGUGGCACUGCUGCUACAGGCAAGCAUCACAGACGGCAAGGAUAUAGGCGCUUCCAUCUUCGUCAAUAUUGACGGCAAGGACGUUGUUAAUAUCUGGGGUGGCUACGUAGAUGAGACGCGCACGCGCGAAUGGCGAGAAGACACCCUCGUCAACGUCUGGUCGACUACGAAAACCAUUACCAGUCUCGCAGCACUUAUUUGCAUCGAACGAGGCCUUCUAGACCCGUUCGAAAAGGUCGCAAAGUACUGGCCCGAGUUCGCCGUGAACGGAAAACAAGAUAUCGAAGUACGACAUUUGCUGAGCCAUGCGUCUGGCCUGUGCAGCUGGGCGCAGAAGGUUGCAGUACAGGACAUCUGCAAUUUGGACAAGGCAGUAAAGAUGCUUGAGCAACAGGCGCCAAUGUUCAAACCAGGCAGUGCGUCUGGAUAUCACGGAUUGACCAUGGGUCCUCUCAUCGGCGCCCUCGUAUCUCGCGUCACAGGCAAACCUCUUGGAGAAUUUGUCCAGGAAGAACUUGUACAGCCUCUAAGCGCAGAUUUUCAGUACGGUGUCAAGGAAGCAGACUUGAGCCGUGUUGCUACCAUCAGUGCGCCGCCUCCAUGGCACUUGCCGAACAAGGAGGUUGACUACACUGAUCCUUCGAAUUCGUUAGGAAACCCGUCCAUGGAUGCAACCGAAGCCAACAAGCCCCUCUGGCGGUCUGCGGAACUCGCAGCAUCGAACGGACAUUCCAACGCUGCGGGCGUCGGGCGCAUCAUGUCGACCGUUUCGCUUGGAGGCAUCAACGGCGGCCGGAAAUUCCUCUCGCCUGCGACGAUCGACCUCAUCUUCCAGGAGCAGCAAAACGGACGCGACCUUGUCGUCGGCCAGAAAAUCAGAUGGGGCAUGGGCUUUGCAUUGACAGGAAAGGACACCAUUAUGGAGUGGCUGCCCGAGGGUCGGAUCUGCACAUGGGGAGGCUGGGGUGGAAGUGUGGUGAUUAUGGACGUAGAGCGGAAACUGACAGUGACUUAUAUGAUGAAUAAAAUGGAUGCGACACUGUUGGGUGGUAUUCGGACCAUGUCAUACAUCCAAGCCGUUUAUGCAGCGUUGGGGGUGGCACUGGAGCUACCGCCAGACGGGCAAUAA